AUGGCUCUCUCGGCCACAACCCCCGAUAGCAAUGGUCAACUGUCUUCCCAGACAGGGGUGCCCGUUAUAACGAGCCUUCGAGAUAAUAGUACCCCAAACACCAAGGCUGGCCAAAAAGGCACUGAAUCAGACGAAACGCCGGCGGGGGUGGAGGUGCCUGAGCAACCUGUUUUCCGAGAAGGGGGCUAUGGCUGGGUGGUUGUCCUUUCCGUUUUGCUCGUCAAUGCCCAUACCUGGGGUCUUAACUCGUCAUAUGCCGUCUUCUUAGCCUAUUACUUGCGAUCGGGCACCAUUGAGGGUGCCUCACCCCUUGGAUUUGCUUUUGUGGGCGGCUUGUCCAUAUCAAUAGCCCUGCUGGUGUCUCCGAUAGCCACAUGGUGCAUUGGCAAGUUUGGGACCGCUUCCACCUUACGAGUCGGCGUCCUAUUUGAGGCUGUAUCCUUCAUUGGGGCCUCGUUCUCUUCUCACAUUUGGCACCUGCUCCUGAGCCAGGGCAUCUGUUUCGGUCUCGGGCUCGGAUUUAGUUUCACGGCUACUGUCGGUGUCGUCCCCCAAUGGUUUACCAAACGACGCUCGUUCGCGAACUCGGUCGCCACCAGCGGCUCUGGUUUUGGGGGUCUCACCUAUGCGCUAGCGACUAAUGCCAUGAUAUCGAACCUUGGGCUCGCUUGGGCGUUCAGAGUCUUAGCCAUUCUGGCCUUUGUGGUGAACGGCGCAUGCAGUCUGAUUCUGCGUGACCGAAAUAAGGCUGUGGGAGCUGUCCACAUCCCCUUCCAUCUGGAUCUGGUCAAGCGUCUUGAGUUUUGGCUCUUCGUUGGCUGGGGGUUCUUCAGUAUGUUGGGCUAUGUUAUUGUCGUUUUCUCUAUCACCGACUAUGCCCAAUCCGUGGGGUUUACUGCAAGCCAAGGAUCAAUUGCUUCCGCCAUUUUCAACCUAUCACAGGGUAUUGGCAGACCCCUCAUCGGCUUAGCUAGCGAUCGGUUUGGAAGGAUCAACGUCGCCGGCCUCGGUACCUUGACAGCCGGAUUAGCUGCCUUCUUCCUGUGGAUCUUCGCGGGCAAAUAUUUUGCCGGCCUCAUUAUCUAUGUUCUUUUCGGCAUGUUCGCUGGCAUCAUAUGGCCUUGUGUUGCCCCUGUCGGAGCAGAAGUUGUGGGCUUACAGUUGCUGCCCUCUGCCUUGUCGAUAUACUGGAUCGCGCUGGUCCCGCCAUCCACAGUUGCAGAAGCGGUGGGGCUCAGCUUGAAGACUUCAGGGAUCAACGCCUAUCUUAACGUUCAAGCCUUUACCGGGACAAUGUAUAUCGCCUCAUUCACAUCUUUAUGGCUCUUGAGGAGCUGGAAAGUGCAUCAAUUGAAGUUGCUAGGGUUGGACGAGAAGCAGAAAAUGGGAGAAGUGCAGGCCGCCGGUACUGGAGAGGUGUUGCAAGGUGCGGCAAGGGAAACGGUUGGAUACUUGCGUAACUUCAUCACGGUUACAAAGGUUUGA